GGCUCACUUUGGGACCCAACCCUAUGAGGCGUGCUUUAAAACUCUGGUCGAGCUCCCACUUCCAACUGAGAUCGUUCGUGACUUCCUCGUGAGAUCCACCGCUCCGUCCGCUCCUGUCAACGCAGUCGGAGUCGAAUUGUGUUCUGAUUCAGUUCGUGUGGUUCCCCACGAUUCCCCUAAUCCACCGCGAUGACCGCCGCAAAAAUCGCAAGAAUACUCAAGGACGACGAUUUUCCGUGGAGGAAGAUGGCCGCGGAAGAGCUCGAUGACGAUCCUGCAAAAUGGGAGAUGAAGCUGUCCGAUAUGCGUCAAAGACUCGAGUCCUAUCAAGAGAAGCAUCCGAAAUUCCAACCCCGGGCGGAUGAUGGCUUUCUGCUAGCGUUCCUGCGAACGAGGAAAUUUAACGUCAAGAAAGCUUUCGACGCUCUAGUGAAUUAUCACUGCAUACGUUCGCCCAAUCCAGAAAUGCUCAUUCCGCGGGGCAAGGGUCCUCGCGACUACCUGCACAUCAUUCGCAAGGGAAUCGUCUUGGUUCCUUCGGCUCGUAAUCCCGUCGACGGCUCGGUCGUCAUCAUCGUCUCUCUGAACAAGUUCAGAUUCGAAGACGAAGACAUCUCCCAUGUUAUCAACAUCAUCUACUAUCUAUCACGCGUCGUUGUGCGGAGCGUGGCUUUCCAGACUCUCGGGGUGAGACUCAUUAUCGACAUCGACGGCGUCUCGAUGGCUUUCUUCACCACGCUUCUGCGUCGCUUCUACAAUUUGAAGGCACUCAUCAUUGCCCAGGGCUGUUUCCCGGCUCGAAUCAAAGGAGUGCACGUGAUGAACGAGUACUACGGCAUGGUCAAGCAUAUUUACAACCUGUUGUGGCCUUUCCUAUCGACGAAGAUCCGGAAGCGCAUUCAUCUGCACGGCUCCAAAUACAGCGAGUUGCACGCUUCCAUUUCCCCGGAAAUUCUCCCACACAGUUUGGAAGGGUCUCCACAAGGAGUCGAGUUCGCAUGGUUCGAGAAGCUGAUCGUCGAACACCACGCCGAGAUGGUAGAGGACAGCUAUUAUGGUUUCUUGGACUUCUAGAGCACUUUCCCCCGAUGGGGAGCUCUCCGGAAGCGAGACUUCGGAGAUUCCGAGGAGUGCAGCGUUCGUUAGGAAGCUGUGAUACUGGUUCGCGAAUGUGAAACUCAGACGCUGAUUCAUUCUUUGAAAGCCCUGAACGUCGUCUGAGUCAUGAAAGGGUAAUUUUCUGAUGGACAUGGAAUUACCUCCAAGUAAUACGGCAAAGCGUAUGAAUCACCCAUGAUCGCUUCAUCUCAUGGAGAAGUGUGUGUGUGUACGUGUGCAUGAAAGCUGAGAACGCAACUUGUACGAUGGAUGUGUCAUCUCUAGAAUAGUUCUUCAUAAGUGUAUAAACUCAUUUGAGAUCUGAAGUAGAUGGAUCGCUGGACGCCAGUGAAACGAAAUGGAUGAAAAAUGAAAGUUGAUGCUCAAGACGUCUCGACACAUGUUUUUCAACUUCUUGAAUGCAUCGAUAGC